AUGGCUGAAAACAAACCUGAAGAGAGGAAAAUCCCAGUCUUUACAGUCAUAAAGAACGGUGCCAUUCUCAAGAACAUCUUCGUCAUCAACAAACCACCACCACCACCAUCACCCUCCAUCACGGCCGUCGAAAAUGAAGAAAACUCAGUUCAAGACGAUGAAGAGGAGGAGGAGGAAAUCUUAAUGGUUGGUCGACACCCAGAUUGCCACAUCAUGUUGACUCACCCUAGUAUCAGUAGAUUUCACCUCCAGAUUCACUCUAAACCCUCUUCACAGAACCUCUCUGUCAUCGAUUUAUCGUCUGUACAUGGGACGUGGGUAUCAGAAAGAAAGAUUGAAUCUUGUGUUCCUGUGGAGCUGAAUGAGGGAGAUACUAUAAAGAUUGGUGGGUCAACUAGGAUCUAUAGGCUGCAUUGGAUACCUUUGAGCCACGCAUACGAUAUGGAUAAACCGUUUGUAUCACCCUUGGAUGUGACCGUCGCAGAAGAGAAAGAAGAGGAAAAUCAAGUGGAAACGCAUCAGUCUGAGCCAUUUGAGACUGGAAAAAGUGAAUUGACAGGUUCAUUGGUAGUGGAACCAAAAGAAGAAUUGAGAGUUUAUGGGUUAACAGUGGAAGGAUGA